AUGUCUGAGGGACAUGUCUAUGUGAAUGUUGUCAUGACUCAUGAGGUUUGCACUGAUGUUACAGGACUUUUUAAGACAUACCCAAAGCACCCAAAUCUACGAUACUAUGAAGUUAUUGACUCAUCAGCUUUCAACCACCACAUCGUUAAGAGAGGGAUUAAAGAGAGUAAUCAUCGAUUCAAUAAAAUCAAGGAAGUUCAGUUCAGUGCAUUAGGAAGGGAUUUCCGUUUGAUUCUCAACCCAAGGAAAGGACUCCUUCAUUCACAAUUCAAAGCUUAUGCUAUAGAUGGGAAGGGCAAUGAAAAGAUCAUUCAUGUGGACCAUGAAAAUUUUUAUGAAGGUCGUGUGUUUGGGGAGAAGACAUCAGACGUGUCAGCCCAUUUGGAAGAUGGGGUUAUGACAGCAACCAUAAACACUCCUGAUGACACAUAUCAUAUAGAGCCAUCAUGGAGACACUUACCAGAUUCCAGAGAAGACUCAAUGAUUGUGUACAGGGGAUCGGAUGUGAAGUACAGCUGGGAAGACAACCAUCCAAGCCUCAAAGGACACAAACUGUGUGAUUAUGUUAAAGAAGGAAAUGAAACAGAAACAGAUGAUGAAGGUGAAGAAUGGAUAGAAGGUUACGAGCCUCCAGACGGAAUCAUCCCAGAGAAUUUGCCUGAAGACCAUGGCCCUAAAAGAAGAGUCAAGAGACAGCAGGCAGAACCAUACAAUUUCAAUGGGGACAAGACACGUUGUCCGCUGUUACUAGUGGCUGAUUACCGCUUCUUCAGGGAAAUGGGUGGCUCAAACUACAAGACCACAGUAAACUAUCUGAUUAACCUUAUUGAUCGUGUGGACAAGAUUUAUGAAAACACAGUGUGGCGAGAUGGUGUGGACACAGCUGAUUUCUCUGGCAUGGGUUUCGUCAUCAAGAAAAUUUUAGUGCACCAGGAAUGGUCUCCUGUUGGUUCCAACCAAGUACACUACAACAUGGAACGCAGCUCCUGGGAUGUGCGUAACCUCUUAGAGGUGUUUAGCCGAGAAUACUCUCAUAAGGAUUACUGCUUGGCACAUCUCUUCACCGACAUUAAGUUUGAAGGGGGAAUCUUGGGCCUUGCUUAUGUAGGAUCUCCUCGCAGGAACUCAGUUGGUGGAAUCUGCACUCCAGAGUACUUUAAGAACGGACACACUCUCUACCUAAACUCCGGCCUGAGUUCAUCCAGGAAUCACUAUGGGCAGAGGGUGAUCACCCGUGAGGCAGAUCUUGUCACAGCACACGAGUUUGGACACAACUGGGGCUCAGAGCACGACCCAGACCGACCAGAGUGCAGCCCCAGUGCCAGUCAAGGAGGAUCAUAUCUCAUGUACACAUAUUCUGUGUCUGGCUAUGACAUCAACAACAAGAGGUUCUCUCCAUGCAGUCUCAGAGCAAUUCGUGCUGUCCUAGUUGCCAAGUCUUCUCGCUGCUUCACUGAGCCUGAGGAGAGUUACUGUGGCAACCAGCGUGUAGAAGGCCAGGAAGAAUGUGAUGCAGGGCUGGUAGGCCAGGAUGACUUGGAUGCUUGCUGUGACAAGCAUUGCAAAUUGCGAGAGAGAAAAACUUGCAGUGACCGGAACUCCCCUAUUGGCAGCUCCUGCAUUGAGAAGGGCCAAUGCCACCAGGGGUCCUGUCUUCCCUACUGUGAGACACAGGAAAUGCAGAGCUGCAUGUGUGAUACCAUUGAUGACGCAUGUAAGAGGUGUUGUCGCAAGACGCUGAACGACACCUGCUUCCCCGUCACACCCUUGGACAUCCUUCCUGAUGGCACUCCCUGUAUUCAUGGAUUCUGCAAUAAGGGAAAAUGUGAAAAGACAGUGCAAGAUGUUGUAGAACGUUUCUGGGACAUCAUAGAAGAUAUUAACAUUAACACUGUACUGAUGUUCUUGCGGGACAACAUUGUAGGGACAGUCAUCAUCAUCUCUGUCAUCAUCUGGGUCCCGGCAUCAUGCAUUUUCAGUUACGUUGACCGCCGUCGACAAGAAGAUUACCGCAAGCAAUGUGAAGAAUACAGAGCUUUUGUUGAGCGCUGGAAGAGAAGGACUGCUGCUCAUGGUUUCCCUAAACCUAAAGUAGCCACCACCUCCUUUAUGGAUGUAGUUGAUGAUGCAACCAAAAGUCUUCUUACUAGACCUACUGAGUAGCUGUAGCUCCACACCUCAUUAUCAGAGCACCUGUAUUUGCCUUUGAUGCUGUGAUUUGUUUUUUUUUACAAUUCUUGCAUGAAUGAUUGUAUAUUUAUAAUUUAUGGACUUUGUUUCUAUGUUAUUUCCAAAAUGCAUGUCUCACAAAGGGGUAAAGAGUAUGCACAUGUUUGCUCAUGUAGUUCCACACGAAGUCUUGAUGUGCAAACACAUUUAAUGCAUAAUACUCCCCAGCUCCAGCCUUUGCCCUUUCCAUGUUUAAUGAGUUUCUAUUCCAUAUAUUCUCUUUUGAACAGCAGAGCUUGUAACAUAUCUGAGAAGGUUUGUUUCUAUAACUAUAGUCUGUUCCAUUACCUCUGGCUGG